GUAGGUAUAAUAAAACACAAAACCAAAUACACUUGCUUAAUAAACAUAAUCCAUUAGCAUUAUCGAGUUUUGCACAGAUGCCUCUGGCCUUUUUGCUGUUGUUGCUGUUAGACGAAGAUAAUAAAAAUCAUCAUAGUAAAAACAUAGCGAUUACUAUAUGCUGGACUUUGUCCUAGUUGAGAUAUAUUACCAUCCUAAGUUAAACUAUAAUCGUUUAUUGUUAUCUUUAGGUCUUCCUAGAUGAAAUUUUUACUCUAAAGGAUCGUAAAGUCGGCCCAUCGGACGUCACUGGGGUCCCCUGUUCAGCCCUGUCUUUCUUCUGGGCAUCUCUCCGGACACAGACCAAGUGGCACCCGGACUGACAGGUGGGCCGAAAGCCCCGCCCCCAGCGAGGGGUAGCCGCGUUCCCCGGCGCAGCGCCUCUACAGGUUUGCCCCGCCCUGCAGGACUUACUUUCCGGCGGCGCGCUGACGCCACGCGUCCCGCGCCUCUUCGCGCCUGCGCCGUGGUUGGAAGGUCGUCUCUGUGACCGGCUUGGGGGUUGGAUCAGCUGUCGCCAUGUUGUCGGUCGCAGCCCGCUCGGGCCCGUUCGCGCCCGUCCUGUCGGCCACGUCCCGCGGGGUGGCGGGCGCGCUGCGGCCCUUGGUGCAGGCCACGGUGCCCGCCACCCCGGAGCCGCCUGUGCUGGACCUGAAGCGGCCCUUCCUCAGCCGGGAGUCGCUGAGCGGCCAGGCCGUGCGCCGGCCUUUGGUCGCCUCCGUGGGCCUCAAUGUCCCUGCUUCUGUUUGUUAUUCCCACACAGACGUCAAGGUGCCUGACUUCUAUGACUACCGCCGCCUUGAAGUUUUAGAUAGUACGAAGUCUUCCAGAGAGAGCAGCGAGGCUAGGAAAGGUUUCUCCUAUUUGGUAACUGCAGUAACUACUGUAGGUGUUGCAUAUGCUGCCAAGAAUGUCGUCACCCAGUUCAUUUCUAGCAUGAGUGCUUCUGCUGAUGUGUUGGCCAUGGCGAAAAUCGAAAUCAACUUAUCCGAUAUUCCAGAAGGCAAGAACAUGGCUUUCAAGUGGAGAGGCAAACCCCUGUUUGUGCGUCAUAGAACCCAGAAGGAAAUUGAGCAGGAAGCUGCAGUUGAAUUGUCCCAGUUGAGGGACCCACAGCAUGAUCUAGAUCGAGUAAAGAAACCUGAAUGGGUUAUCCUGAUAGGCGUUUGCACUCAUCUUGGUUGUGUACCCAUUGCAAAUGCAGGAGAUUUUGGUGGUUAUUACUGCCCUUGCCAUGGGUCACAUUAUGAUGCAUCUGGCAGGAUCAGAUUGGGCCCUGCUCCUCUCAACCUUGAAGUCCCCCCAUAUGAGUUCACCAGGGAUGAUAUGGUGGUUGUUGGUUAGAGACUUGGACUCAAGUCAUAGGCUUCUUUCAGUCUUUAUGUCACCUUAGAAGACUUAUUUGAGAGCAAGCCUUCUGUACCUGAAGUUGAUUUGAAAUAUGUAAGAACUGAUGAUGUGUUUGCAACAUUAAUGUGAAGUAAAUUGAAUUUAAUGUUGAAUACUUUCAAGCAUUCACUUAAUAAAGCCACUGUUAAGCAUUGUUGUGCUCAGUUAUACACUUGAAAGGUACAAUGUCUUUUAGCUAAUUCUAAUUAAAAAUUACAGACUGGUGUACAAUAUA